GUGAGGGCAGGGUUUCUUUAGGGUUUUUGGGGGGGACUUCCAUUUAAGUUUUUCGGGGUUGAAAGAGGGUUUUAGACUUUUGGUUUUCUGUGCCAUUUGCGAAGCAGUGCUAAGAUUCAAUCUUCUCCAAAUGGAUCCAUCUCUCAACUCUUCUGAAUUGCAACGAUUCCUCAAUCAAGAAAAGGAAAAAGCCAUGGUAAAUGAAAUGGUGGCAAAGCUUACCAGUGUGUGCUGGGACAAGUGUAUCACAAGUACCCCUGGGAGCAAAUUCAGCUCGAGUGAAUCAGCUUGCCUUUCUCAUUGUGCUCAGCGAUACAUGGAUAUGAGCCUUAUCAUCAUGAAACGCUUUCAGUCCAUGCAGUAAGCUUCAGAAGACUUUGCCUGCAGUCCUGGUUACAAGCUGUGACCUUUCCUUGCAUCUCAACAGUUGAUUAUUGACUGAAAAUUUGCUGUAUUUUUUUUAACCGAUACUCGUUUUAAUUCUGUUAAAACUCCUAUACCAGGAAGGCUUUUGUAAGUUGAGUAUUCUGCAAGUCAAUUAUUUGAGUUUUCAUUUGAUUAGAAAAUAAUAUAUGCUUUGGCAUCAGGCUCUUGGUCUUUGCAAUUAUUUUAUCGUGCUUGGAGCCUGACGGUUGUUGUUAAUGAUGACUGAUCAAUCUAAAAGCAUUUUAUUCUGCCAA